AGCUUUUGUAGGGCUACGCGAUGAAAUCUACCCAAACUUCGCAUUCGUCUAUUUACAGUCGGAAAAGUCGGUGUCGAUGACCACCCAGCAGCUGGGCUGACAUCAAGAAUACGUAUCCUCGAGAGCAGGCUGUGCCUCAUUUCUUCAAUACUUAAUAUCAUAAUUCCUUCCAUCUGAAACACUUUCUCAUACAACCUUCACGACGUCGAAGUACCAGUAUACCAUCGACAUUCAAGAUGGAAGUCCACGUACUUGAUAACUAUUAUCUUGCCAUCACUCUUCUAAUUACUAUUGGAUAUCAACUAUUUUUCUUCUCCAUUGCAUUUUCUCUGAAGUUUGACAAGCUCACUGACUUCGCUGGCGGAACCAAUUUCGUCGUCUUAGCUAUCAUUACCCUCGCAUUCAGCGGCCAUCACAAUGCACGUCAAAUCGUAUGCUCGUUAUUCAUCAUGGUCUGGGGCGCUCGUCUCUCCGCCUUCCUCUUAUUCCGCAUCUUGAAGACUGGCAAAGACGAUCGGUUCGACGACAAGCGCGACAAAUUCUUCCCCUUCUUGGGCUUCUGGGUAUUCCAGAUGAUCUGGGUCUGGACGGUCUCUCUGCCAGUCACAGUCCUCAACUCGCCAAACGUUACUCAGUACCCGCAACCCGCUUUCGGCACCGGAAGAGACAUUGCGGGUGUGAUCUUGUAUGCGAUUGGGAUGAUUAUGGAGAGUGUCAGUGAUGUGCAGAAGUAUCUGUUUAAGGCUAGGCAAAGUGAUAAAUCUGCCAUCUGCGACAAGGGAUUCUUUUCCUGGACCAGACAUCCGAAUUACUUUGGCGAGAUAAUCAUCCAGUUCGGCAUCUACAUGAUCGCAGUCUCCCCAGCGGCAAAUGGCUACGUUAAGGGACAAGCAUACAAAGCCCUCUACGCCACGAUCCUCGGCCCCUUCUUCCUCACCAUCCUCCUGAUGUUCGUAUCCGGCCUAACGCUCCAAGAACGCCCCGGCGCGAAGAAGCGAUACGAGAAGAACAACCAUUGGGAGGAAUACUCGAGAUAUCUGAACCGAACGAGUAUCUUGAUCCCAUUCCCACCUCAACUAUACGAGAAGAUGCCUACUAUCUUGAAGAGAACCAUCUUCUUAGAAUUCCCAAUCUACGUCUUCGAUCCAGCGAAGCAUUCGGAUGCCGGGAAAGGACAGUCGGGGGCAGAAGAGGGAAAUGCUCAUAAACCAAGCACAAGCACGGAUAAUAGGCAAAGUGGAGAUCGCUUAGUUAAUAACCAGUGAAUGGGAAUCGAAGAAUAGGAUAAUGUCUAUAGUAUGAACCGAACAUAGCAAAGGCGUUUAAGGGCUACGAUGUCAUGUAUAAUGCAGUACUGUACUUUCUUAAUCCUCCAAUAGCUUUGAAGUUAGCACAUCCUUGCAAUAAUCAUGUGAUCGGGCGAAUGAGUC